AUGGACCCCUGGCGGCAGCUGCGGCCGCUGAUGGACGAGACUGUGUUCGUCUCCUGCCCCAUAGAAGUAGCCAUGGGCCGCGUGUUUGACCGGCAGGUGGCGAUCGGUGUGGCGCCUGAGGCGUCGCGGCGGCGCAUCGCCGGCAACGACCGGCCAAACGCCGAGCAGGUGGCGGCGACGGCCGCGUUUGCGCGCGUGCUCGUCCCCUCUUCGGUGCCGCUGGCCGAGGGCGGCGGCGAUGGUUUGUAA